ACAUCAGUUAUCAGUUGGCCAAGUUCACGCGGAGACCUGCUAGCAUAUCUUUUUCUAACAUUCCAUGUCUUCUUAUACUUCUCUAUUUUGCUGCACUCAAACCAAAAAGUGUUGAACCUUGUGAUAAACCAGAAAUAUGUUUUAUUAGAAUCAUGCAGUUACGUAAAGUACUGACUAUUUAGAGGUUAAAUUUGUGCGUAGUCAACGAAGUCAGAUGUCUUCGUUGGCGUAGUUGCGUCGUUGACUUCUAAUCAAUCUUUAGUGCUAGUUCAAUUAAAACUGAAAGAGAAGAAUUCGAAAAUGGAUUUGAAAGAGCUGAAAAUUGGUUUUAUCGGGGGUGGAAAUAUGGCACGAGCUAUUGGCGCUGGUUUGAUUAAAAAAGGAGUGUUAAACGAAAAAAAUGUGUGGGUUUCAUCAAGAACGCUAGAGACUCUUCAAUUUUGGAAGGACUUGGGGACUCGAACGAGUCAGAAUAAUGGGGAAGUUAUAGAAAAUUGUGACGUAAUAUUCAUUGCUGUGAAGCCACAAAUGCUCAAGGAUCUUGUACCAGAUUUUACAAAAAGUUUGACUACCUCUACAUGUUCAAGAAAGCUUUUUGUGUCUGUAUUGGUUGGAGUAACAUUGGACAUGUUGAGAGAUAAAAUCGCACCGAACUCGAACCAAAGCUGCAUCGGAAUCGUCAGAACUAUGCCUAAUACUCCUUUAAUGGUGGGCACAGGUGUUACCGUUUACUGUAGCGAUGACCACACAACAGAGGAUGAGUGUACACUGAUUCACAAAAUGUUUGCUCACCUUGGCAUCGUUGAAAGAGUGCCCGAGUCACAGAUGGAUGCUAUAAGCGCUCUGUCCGGAUCUGGACCAGCGUUUGCUUAUCAAAUAAUUGAGGGUCUCUCGGACGGAGCUGUAAUGGCAGGUGUGCCUCGAGCAAUGGCGACACAAUUCGCAGCCCAAGUGCUCAUAGGAGCUGGAAACAUGGUACUGCAGACGAAGAAGCACCCUGGAGCAUUGAAGGAUGAAGUUUGUUCUCCCGGUGGUACGACUAUUCGUGGUGUCCACGCGAUGGAAGAAGGAGGCGUCAGAGUCGCACUGAUGAAUGCAAUCAAGGCUGCAGUAGCACGUGCUGCGGAACUGGCGAACCAAAUGAAGAAAUAAUCGAAGUUUCAGCUGAUAACAUUGUUCAAGUUCAUUCCGUUAAAUCUACUAUCAAGUGACUCGAUUAUAAUUGUUAAUUAUAAGUUGAAAAAGUAGGAUUAACAUUGAACGUAUCAAAGCUGAUGAAAUUGAAGUUUUUAAAAUCAGAUUUAUGAUUCACACUGUUGGCACGUUCAUUGUCAAACCAUAAGUUCAAGAUUAUGAAAUACUCAUCAAGUUCAGGCAACAAUAAUGUACUUAAUAGAAAAGAACUCAUUGGCAAAUGUAUAAAAAUGUUCCUCAAUAUUUGAAGAAAUAAUCGAACUACCAGAAACGAUGAA